GCCAGCAUGAGAUUGUAGUCUCUCGACGGCGACCUCACUGUUGUGUUCGUGAUGUCGACGUGUGUGUGUUUAGUGUCAUUGCUGCUGCUGUUGUCAGGACACGAAGCUUCCAGGAGGUACGAGGAUGACUUUUAUUACGGCACCUUCCCUGACGGGUUUCUUUGGAGCACUGCGACAGCGGCCUACCAAGUAGAAGGGGCGUGGAACGAAGACGGGAAAGGUCCGAGCAUUUGGGAUGUGUACGUGAGGGAGCCGGGGAAGAUUGUGGGCGGGGCCACGGGGGACGUCUCCUGCGACAGCUACCACAACUACCGAGAGGAUGUACAACUACUCAAGACCCUGGGGGUGUCCCACUACCGGUUCUCAAUAUCCUGGCCACGAGUGAUGCCUUAUGGGAACGGUACUGUCAUCAACCAAUCAGGACUGGACUACUAUAACCGACUAAUCAACGAGCUCCUUGCAAAUGGGAUCCAGCCAAUGGUAACGAUGUAUCACUGGGACCUCCCUGAGGCUAUCGAGGAAGACGGGGGAUGGCUGAACGGAGACAUUGUCGAUCUCUUCACCGGCUACGCCAAGCUGUGCUUCAAAACGUUCGGUGAUCGAGUGAAGUUCUGGAUUACGUUCAACGAACCUUUGGUUGUGGCUGUGGGUGGGUACGGCGACGGGGGAAAAGCCCCGGGACUCCACCAGCCCGGCACAUACCCCUACAUCGUCGCCCACAACAUAAUAAAGAGUCACGCCAGCACCUACAGACUGUACGACGAGGAGUUCAGGGCGCUUCAGAAAGGCCAGGUCGGCAUUACUCUGAGUAUGGUGUACAACCAACCCAAAGACCCCAACAGUGCAGCUGAUAGGGAUGCAGCUGAACGGGCCAGUCAGUUUGAACAUGGCUGGUUCGCUCACCCAAUCACUGUGAACGGCGAGUACCCGGAUGUGAUGAGGUCACAGGUGGACAUGAAGAGUAAAGAGGAGGGUCUCACCACCUCCAGACUCCCGCACUUCACGGAUGACGAGAAGAGGCGGAUAAACGGCACUGCCGACUUCUUGGGCCUGAAUUACUACACGUCGAACCUUGCGUCCCCCCAGGCCAGUCCCUUCAACCCCCCGAGCUACCACUCCGACCAGGACGUGCUCCUUGAGCAGGACCCCAAGUGGCCCAAAUCCGGGUCUUCGUGGUUACGGUACACGCCGAAAGGAGCACGGGCCGUGUUGAACUGGCUGAAGGUCACGUACAAGAACAUGCCCAUCUACGUAACGGAAAACGGCGUCUCCGACAACAACGGCAGCUUGCACGACUUCUACAGAGUGAACUACUACAGAGAUUAUCUGGACGAGAUGUUGAAAGCCGUUCGUCUUGACGGGUGUAAUCUGAGAGGCUACACAUCCUGGUCUUUGAUGGACAACUUCGAGUGGGCUCGGGGAUACUCGGAGAAGUUCGGCCUUCAUUACGUCAACUUCUCGGACCCCGCGAGACCACGCAUACCUAAAGACUCUGCUAAAUUCAUAGCUCAAGUCAUCGCAGAUAAUGGCUUUAAGCCACCGAAUUCUGAGGAACAUUCUUUAUGAUUUAUCCAAUAAUAAAAAAUCUCAAUCAUGUAAACAA